UUCCAUUCGACAAAUUGAACGCUUAAAUGAGCUGGAAAUGGAUAAACCAUUAAGCAGUUCAUGGCAUCUGGAUUACAAAGACAGUGCCUACAUUUAUAUCGGAAAUUUGGAUUAUGACUUAAAUGAAGAGGAUAUACUGAACGUUUUUUCAGAGUUUGGUGAACCUACGGACAUAAAUUUGGUUCGCGAUAAAGAAACCAAAAAAUCAAAGGGAUAUUGUUUUUUAAAGUAUGCUGAUCAGCGCUCAACGAUUUUGGCGGUUGAUAACAUGACAAAUGUGAAGUUGCUGGAUCGACUAGUUCGAGUCGACCAUGUUGCUAGUUAUCGAGUGCCGAAAAAAGAAUCACAAGAUGAAUCCAUACCUUUUGAGGCAAGCAAUCCAAAUCUAGACGACUUAUAUCCACCUUCAGUUCCUCAGGUUCAUCAAGAUUUAACUGAACGGUCAUCUGUUCCUGAAGAGCCUGCUGAGCCGUUAGACGAAAAGGAUUUGUUGGAUCCAAUGCACGACUACAUCAAAAAUGAAAAGCGGAGAAAGUUGGAUGAUAAGCAUCGCUCUUCUCGUUCGCAUAGUGAUCGUUCACGGCAUCACCGCUCGGAAAGGCAUCGACAUCACCGGCGUAGUCAUCAUAGACACCGUGAUGAAUCUUCACCUUCAAAUUAA